AUUUUGAUUAACGAACAAACUCAAACAGUAGCGCUUUAUGAAGCGGUGGCGCCGGACAUAGUUAACAAGCAAUUCGUGUUUUAAAUAUUGAGUACUAAAGUUAUUUUUAGAUUGAUAAUGUGUGUGUGGUUUGUGUGAAGUGAAAUGUGGGUUUAGUGUUUAUUUUUUUUUAAUAAUAGAACGCAAUUUAGUUCUUUAAUUGGACAGCCAAUUGUGUUGCCAAUGUUAUAGAGAUUCGCAUGCCGAUUGGAGGUCAUUUUGUCACGAUGAAAGUUGAUACGUCGUACAAAUUCUACGUGAUCCAGUUUCUGCAAUCGCCGUUCAAAAACGUCGAUGACUACGUCUGCGUGCCUUCGACUUGGUUGGAAGAUAGGGGAUCCAAAGGGAUCUACGCUGCCUACCCCUCUGAAAGACUGCCCACAACAAGAAAUAUUGUCAAAUCCAGACAAGAUUAUGAUAAGGAAUGGAAGUUUUACUUAUGCAUACCUAAAUAUGGGACCAAUUGUCCCUGGGAUGCUGAGAAUAUCAUCCGCGUAGAGAGUAGCAAGAAACUGAACUCAAUCUCUCCACAAGUCCCUUCGAAGCAAAGUGGAUCUGAAGAAAACAAACCCAAGACCAAACCAAAGAUGAACACUCGAGAUGAAUUAACACAGUCCCUCAAACGCAAAGUAUCAAUAGAUAGUAGAAAUAGAAAAACUGCUAGAAUUGAAACAACUUCAGAUGUACCUGAACCUACAGGUAAUCUUUUAACGUCAGAAAACAAAUCAGCAUUUUGUAAGGAUUUAGCUGGUAUGAGGUCCAGAUUACCAGAACUACUUAUUACAAAGUCUCAAGUAUUUGACCUAACUGGAAACGAAGAAGAAACCCCCUCUAAUACUUCUCACGUCGAGCAAAUGCUUUCACACCACUCAGAAACAGGAACUUCAAGUAAAGCAAAUCAUCGUAGAAAAAGUGCUCCAGAAACAGUUGAUAGUACUAUUACUUCGAGUUUAAAUUCUUCAUUGCAAGUCCUAAAAGAAACUCGUGAUUCUGUAAAUAAUAGAAGAAAUAGUACGUCCACUAGGCCUUCCAGCCAACCUGGUCAGCUUCCAACGAAUACAACCAAAAAUCCUCCUACCACAAGCUCUAUGAAAAAACUGACUGAUAAAGUAAUUGAAGAAAGCAUUUUAAGCAAAACUGAGGUCAAUCGUCCGUUACAAAAUAAUUUACCAGCUAAGACUAAAGAACGAAGAAGUUCGGUGAGAAAGUCUACUGAAUUAAAUACAUUAAAUAACACACGUCUUUUACAAGAGUUGAUUAUGAGUGGCGGCCUAAAAGAUGUCGAUAAUGCAUCUUUGCAAAAUUGUUUAAAGUAUGUACAGGAAAUCGCACAAGAGACGCUCGUUGCUCCGUCAAGUACGCAAACAGGGCUAGUUGUUCCACAAGCUAUGCAAGCUGCACAAGCUACUCCAUCGGUAACGCAAGCUAUGCAAGUUGCUCCACAAGCUGCACAAGCUAAACAAGAUAUGCAAACUACUCUUCAAGCUAUUACACAAGUAGCUAAUAAACAAGCACAAAAAAUUAAUAAUUCUCCCGGAAUUCCAUACCCAAUAACAGCAAAUGCGCCCAUUUUGUACCAAGAUCCGCAUGAACGACAAAUAACAACUGAAAUAUCUACUGUAUCCAAGAUUAUAGAUUCAAAUUAUUCACAAACCAGGGCGCACAAUGCAUCUAAUGUCCAAAAUGUAUCAAACCUCCAAUAUUUUCCUAACAAUAAUCAGAUUUUUGGAAUGUCUCAACAAAGACAAGCUGAGCAACAAAUAGCAGCGAACGGAAAUUAUACUAAUCAAUUCAGCUCUUCUAGUAGUAUAGUUAGUGGGAGGGUAUCGGAUGGAUCCUAUACAACAUGUCGUCCGUCGAGACCAAAAAACAGUGUGCCAUUGAACGCCCAAAUGCCUAAUUCACAGCAACAUUAUGCUGCUUUUGGGCCCAAUAUGCCUCAGAUAUCCAAAACGACUGGUCCUAAAAACCAAAUGCCAUCUAACACUAAAAGGCCUAUUUUACCGCACAAAAUGCCGCCGACAUGCAACUGGAUUCAUACUGUGUCAAAAAUACCGAAUCCGAAUUACCCGGAAUGUCAUAGAAAUAUUCCGAAUCACCCGCACUCAUAUAACGAUCGCAAUCCAGAAUAUAAUUACUCGCAUUCUGAAGCGCAACUACUACAGGAUUUGUUGCAAAAAAUCGGAACAGGACACAAGCAUCCGAGCUUAGGAGUUCCCAUGUCAGUUAAUACACAAAAUCAUCUGCUUGCGUAUCCUCCAAAUGCGGCUAAUCAGUUAAGACAGUUGCAAAGUGCUCAUGUAAACAACGCAGUAAUGCCACAGGCUUAUACAAACCAUCCUAAUCAAGUCCCACAAGUACAAGUACAAGAAAAUAUUACUGUGAGGCCUAGAAGCAAUGAUACUACACAACAGGUCCCUCAGAGACAUGACAUGCCGCACGAUAUUGCAACUGCAGUACAACAAAUUUCCAACUCCGCAAGUAAUUCUAACGAUAAUACUAAUUCAGCAGAUAUUUUAAAUAAUAGUAACCCAAUCGCAACUAACGAAAAUAUGAAAGAGAAAACUGAUGAAACAAGAAUGAUUAUAGAGAAUGAAGGAGAAAAAGCAUUAUCUGUAGACGAAACUUCUAAUACUAAUAUGACGAAGACACCCUGCCAUCCUGUUGAAAAACUACCAGCAUGCAAUGAAAUCACAGAUGAAGAGUGUCAUAGAAGCAGUAGCGCAGAUACAGUAAAAAUAGAUCAAAUUCCUAAUGAUUCUGAAGAUGUAUUAACUGAACUAACAAACAAAAUUAACUAUGUAUUAUCACCAACAUUCCGGGCACAAAUCGAGAUUAAUUUAAUAAAAGAUUUUGGUAAAAUUUUACAGAUAAUGUCUAAUAAUUUCGACGAAAUUCUUGAAGUACUAAAUCGUGACCAAAAAAUGAUAAUGGAGAAAAAGGAAAUGCUUGACAAAGCUUUAACAUCAAUCGCUUCUUAUUUAGAAUUGCAAAACGAAAAUCCCGCAAAUGUAUUAAGAACGAAACAUUCGGCAUCGCAAAAUGUAAUUAAGAAAAAGAAGAAUAAAAAACGACGAAUAAAAGAUGCUGAUGAUGAUGUCGACGAAUGUAAUUAUAGUUCUGAUGACAGCGAUAGUCAUGAUAGUGAUCGCAGUGAUGGUUCUGAUGGAAAUGAUAACAACAAUGAAGGUGAUACUGAUUCUAACAAUGAGGAUUUAGAUGGCAAAAAAGGUUCUCUCUGUAAUGAUAACAAACACUCUGAAGGUAAGACUAGUAAAACGAAAGAUGACAAGAAGAUUACUGACGGUGAUGGUAAUAGUAUUUCCAAAUCCGAUUCUAACAAUCGUAAUGAAGACACAAAGAGGCGAGGCAAGAAGCAUCCAUUUGUGUUACCACGAGAAUAUUCGCCGACAAAUCCGAGAUGGACGUUGAUAUACCAAAGCGCCGCUCAGGGUACUAUAGAACUUUUGCCAAAAACUCGUAUUUACGUAAAUGCUUCCAAAUUGGCGAACUAUAAAAGGAUUUCGAGUAGUUAUAAGGAAUUUGCAAGUAUGGUGCUGACGUUGAUUUUCAGUCGAAGUGCUUUGAGUGUGUGUUCAUGGACCGGGGCAAGAGCUAAUGCUUUUGCAGUGGACAAAAAUGAUGUAAGGCCAGGUUUGGAUGAGAAUGCAAGACAGGUGAUGUUGAAUUACGUCGAAAGGGUAGGACGCAAAAAGAAUUGGGGGAAGUACGACGAACAAAGUAUUGUUAACUCUCUUCGCGCAAAGAUUCAGUCUGUAAGGAAAUUAAAUAAUAAAAAGCUCAUAAACAAAGAGUAAGAACUAUCUGUGGAAGAUUAUAAUUUUUUUUAGCGUUGAUAAGUACGUGUUUGGCCACCAACCCGCUUUUUGCUGGAAUGGCGAAGCGAAAAUGUGGCCGAGGAUGGAGCACACAGACUUAGAAAGUAUCUAUUCACUCUGACCUUGAAAAGAUUGUAUUUCUCAGGAAAAAAAGGCGGCAUAUUGUUCCAUUCCCUGGCUGCAUGACACCCAAGGGAAGUCCACCACUGUAUAGGGAUGAUAAUGCGCCGACUUUCCACUAGUCCUAUGUUGAAAGGAUGGCGGUAAGAUAAGGUCGAAUAGAUCAGAUGCACACUCCAAAAUGUAUCCUGUAGAAGAUAGACAGACUAGCUACAUUACGGCGAUGCUCUAGACUGUGGAGCUUUCCGGAGACCGACUUCCCAGCACGUAUUAUCCUCUUUGCACGACGGUCCACCGACGGUAGCAAUAAGAUUGUAACAUACGCAAUAACUUUUUGAAUUGUACUCAUGUCUGAAUUAAGGCUUAUUUAGAUUAGAUUUAAAUACAUUUAUAAGUGUAAUAAAAUAUUAGAUUUUUCUAAA